GCAUGCCUUCCAUGGUGUGCAUGUGGGGGUUAAGAGGACCACUCAUGAUAAUGUGUUCUCUUUGUCAUGUGGGUUGUGGGGGAACUGAACUCAGGUAAUUAAGUUGGGUAUCAUAUUUUACCAGCUACGCUAUCUUGAUGGCCCCUGGCUGCUACAUUUAAAGAGAUGUAACAAGCUAGAUGUGUUCAACUUUUGGAGGCCAGUGAAUGAAGGCCCAGGAAACUUAAAAGGCUGAAAAGCAAACAGCAGUAGUGCCUAUGAAUUUUUAAUGAAUGUUACAGUUGCGAUAGGGAUUAAUCUUCUGAAUCUACCCAAUGUUCAUUGAUUUGACCAUUUGUCAACAAGCAGCCAUUGAGAAUGUAAUUACAUGCCAGAAACAAUGCUAGGCAUGGGUAUGUACAAUAGAAAACAUCCUGCCUCAGGGUUACAUUUCCUUAUGAAGAAGCACAUAAUAAACGAAGAAGGCAGAUUGAUUAUGUGGUGUGUUAGAAAAUACAGGUUAGUAGUAUCACUGGGAAAAGUGAAUAUUAUUCUGUUUGGGCUGCUACAACAAAAUGCUAUAAACUGGGUGGUUAGAAACAGACUUUCUUAUUAGUUGCAUUCAUGAAAUAGUUGUCUGCAGACUAUUUCUAAUGGAGUCAGAAUGGAUGGUCCUACAAGGCCUGAUAGCAUACUGAAACUAUCACUGCAUAACCUCGUCUUUCUUAGAGUGGGCUGUAGCUGUGCUGAUUGUUCACACAUGUGAUGUCGUAUCAGGUGCACCUUUGAACUCUCCAGUGGUCCAGGAUAAGCUAUUGCAUGUUUCGACAGGGAUCGAAGCCUCUUCCACGUUACGGAUUUAAACCGUCCCCACCAAAUGGAUGUGGCUCUCCACUGUUCGGUGUUCAUCUGAACAUCGGCAUCCCGUCCCUGACAAAGUGCUGCAACCAGCACGACAGGUGCUACGAGACCUGUGGGAAGAGCAAGAACGACUGUGAUGAGGAGUUCCAGUACUGCCUCUCCAAGAUCUGCCGGGACGUGCAGAAGACUCUAGGGCUCUCUCAGAACGUCCAGGCGUGUGAAACAACGGUGGAGCUCUUGUUUGACAGUGUCAUACAUUUGGGCUGCAAGCCAUACCUGGACAGCCAGCGAGCCGCAUGUUGGUGCCGUUAUGAAGAAAAAACAGAUCUGUAAGGAAGCUCCUGAAGCCGGUGGGCAGACGACAAUGAAGGACAAAGAACAUGCGCUCACCUCCUGAAACCACCUUAUUUUUGGAAUGGGUCAUUGUAAGACCUUCUUGACUGUGUUUUGAUUUUAAAACCUCACAGUGGGAAGGAGUGGAGGGUGGGAAGAAGUAGAGAGAAGAGCAUGCUCAGGACUGGGAAUAAGUAGAGAGGACAGCAUGCUUGCCUUCAUGGACCUCGCUGUCAGUGGCUCCCCCAAAACGGCAAGAAAAGCUUGAAGACUGUGUGACUUGGUUUUCAUAGCUGUACGUAACAAUAAAAAUGACAGCAAAUGUAAAAUUUAUUGUAAGAGCCUUUCAACAUUAUUUUGAAAUAUAAAUAAUUAGAUAUAUUAUUUACUUUGAAAUUUCAAAUAUGCACUUAUGCCAAGAGGAAGUAACUACUGUUUCACUAUUUUAAUAACCAUAAGGUGGUGUUUCUCUAGAGCCUUCUGAGAUAGAAUGCAUUGUGUUGCUAUGGUAACAAGGCCUCCAAGUGUACGUCAGUUGUACAGUUGGGACCGCCAGCUGGUACUUCUCUUCAGGGACAACCCAGGACAUCUCAGUAUUGUGAUAUGAACAAUAUUAAGAAACACAACACUCCCUUUUCAUAAGCCAGUUGUAACAAAUGUCAUCUUUUGCUAUGAAUUCUAGAAAAGAUGGAUUUAGUGGGGCAAGUCAGAGCACUAUAUGCUGUCAGGUUUGCUGUUUAGUCCCUAACACCUCUUCCUCAGCUUAUAUUCUGGAGUAUUUUUGAAAGAUCUCUUAAUAAAAGUUAUUCUUGAUAAUGUU